CUCAACGUUAAUUAAUAAACACCAAACUCUCGCAUCCUCUCACAUCAUUCUUUUCUCUCUUGAUCAAAUCCAAUCCAAAACUUCCCUUAAAAGCCUCGCAAUGAGCGAACCGAGCGACUCCCCCCCGAGCGAUGCAUCUCCGCACCUCCGGCCAACCCAUCAACUCGAACAGUUGAAAGUCGGAGAGAACGGCGUUCAGCUCUUGAUUUCCACGAAAGACCACUUGUACAAUGCCAAAGAUGUAGAGGCUGGGAGAUGCGGGUUUCAGUGUGUCGGGGCAUGGAGUGAUGACUCGGUACGAGAACUUGGUCAAAUGCUCAUCUCCCAUAGAAACCACAUGAGCCAGUCCCAGACGCCCGAGACAGAGGAGCCGCGUUCAUUCAGGGGGCCAGGCUAUACAAUGAGAGGCGUCGUGCAUGGUUCGAAGUCGUCCCCGUAAUUAUGGCACUUACACGAUGCAAAGAAGUUAUCCAGUUUCAUUUC